AUGGAUGCUCCGCAAAAUUUGAAUAACAUCAAAAAUGCCAAGCUUCUUCCGUUGAGAUCUCAGUUUACCCUGGACUUUAUUGAGCCAAGAGAGAUACACCAUAUCUCCUGGAACAUAUAUGGAGGUGAACACCAUGUCAUCAGAAACCAUAAACCUAACAUUAAUGGGUUUUGUAUGGUUGAACGUAGAGGGAAUAAUAGGGGGUUUCAGGUUGAAAUAAGUGGGUUUAUUGUUGUCAAAAUGUCAUCUCCAAGCAAGAGACGGGAAAUGGAUGUAAUGAAAUUGAUGAUGAGUGAUUAUACAGUGGAGACGAUAAAUGACGGACUCACGGAGUUCAAUGUGGAGUUUAAUGGUCCUAAAGAAAGCCUUUAUGAAGGUGGAGUUUGGAAGAUUCGUGUUGAACUUCCUGAUGCAUAUCCUUACAAAUCCCCUUCUAUCGGCUUCGUGAACAAAAUAUACCACCCGAAUGUUGAUGAGUUAUCUGGCUCUGUAUGCUUGGACGUAAUUAACCAAUCAUGGAGUCCAAUGUUUGAUCUUCUAAACGUCUUCGAAGUUUUUCUUCCACAACUCUUGCUCUAUCCAAACGCUUCAGAUCCUUUGAAUGGCGACGCAGCAUCCUUAAUGAUGAAGGAUAGAAAGUUGUAUGACCAAAAAGUUAAAGAGUAUUGUGAGCGGUAUGCUAAGAAGGAAAACAUUUCCAACAAUGGUACAGGCGAUGAUGAGGACAGCGAUGAGGAAGACAUCAGUGAAGCAGGCACCCAAUCAAGUGAUGAUGAAAUUCCUGGUCAUGCUGACCUUUAA